AUGUGCUCCGCCGUGCAACUGAUAGAUUCUCGGACAUUGGUAACGCGAAACGGACGUGCUCCGGACGUUUCUGGGCGAUUCAAGGGAUCACUUAAGAGCGUUAAGGCUACUAAAGUGGUCACUAGAAAUGCACCGACACGUCCGUUUCGCGUCCCGUUCGCGUUACCAAGGUCCGAGUUGUUUCCUUGGAUCAGGCUUGUGCGCCAGGCCGGGCUUUGGGCCUCAUUUUCAGGAAAAAGCCCGCGUGCGCUCGGGCCGAGCCGGGCUUCAAAAAAAAAUUUAAAAUUUCAUUUAAAAAAUUUUCACCGAAAUGUGACUUUUACUUCUGAAAUCAUAGUUUUUGUUAAACUUUAAGAGAAAAAGUGAGCAAAAACGUAAUUUUUGUCGUAAAAAAACUUGAUAUUCAACUAGAAAAAAAUCGCGCGAUUCGGGCCGGGCGGGCCAUUUUUUCUUGAGGCCCGCUAAGGCCGGGCCGGGCCGGGCUUAGGAAAUGGUCGGGGGGCCGGGAGGGUGACGGGCCGGCCCCCCGACCAAUUUUUAUCACAAGAAAAAACCAAAGUCUUAACAUUCGUUUAGUUUUUCGGCCCAUUAUCAGGUCUAAAGACGUCAAAAAAGAGAAAAGACCUUGAAGCCGCCAUCUUCUCGCUGUUUUCCAGUAUUGUUGAAGAAAAGAUCGAAGACCAUGGUGAUUGGUUAGUUGAAUCUUUUUCCCUAUCGAUAAAGCGCAAAUUUGAUUUCAGACUGUGAAAGUUUUCUGAGCACAAGUUAGAAGUUUCAAAAGGUUUUGAAAGAUAAUUCUUAUCAGAAACUCUGACUUUUUUCUGAAAAUAGAAUCUGGCCGCUUCGAAACACCGUUCUUUGAAAGCUCAGAUGCACCUAGCAAGGAGGCGGGGCCUAGGAAGAAACGAAGAAAAGACGCGCGCCGACAUUACUACGAACUGUUUCCGUCUUUCUUUUCUUUAAUUCUCUUUCUUUUGUUCACGCGGCUGCACAAUACUACCGUAGCCCACUACGGAUGUUUCGACUGCCAAAAUUCUUCUUUUAUCUGUCCGCUUGAAAAUUGGUUUGAGCUGCUUAAAGCUGAAAAAACUAAUUAUGCAGCUAAAUAAUAGGAAAAAACUUGAUCUGAAGUCCACAACAAUCUGCAGAUUUUCUGUGUGAAUCUUCGCUUGAAAUAGUCUGGCCCGUCUGUGCCCUCCUGUCUCUCAACGGUGCUUCUGUUUUAGCGGGAUAUUUGUGUUCAUGACCAAACCUAUGAGAUAAUAAAGCGCAGGCAGUUCAAAAAUGUUUGAAACUGUGAAGAUUGAAGCAGCAAAUAGAGUACAUGAAACCGAGUUCAGCUUUGGACUUUCUUCUAACUUUUUUCCUUUUUAAUCGCUGAAAAUUUUCCCUCAGAAACCCGUAACGUAAACUAAAAUUAACUCAACUGAAUUCGCUCGCACCAAAUUCGCUAAGUGGCCAGGUUUUGGGCAGAAUUCAUCAUUUUGAAGUUUUUGACGAAACAAAACAAUAAUACCUUGUGGUCAAUCGCCUCACAUGGGGAAUCUUAAACCUAAAAUUUUGGAUAAGUCGAUUGGCUCAACAAUUUUUUGAUUUUUGAUAGAUUGAGAGUCGAACCAUUCCGCCGCUUUCUGCGCAAACAUCAACUUUUAGAGUUUUGAUUUUCAAAAGUUGCGGAGUUCUGGAUUUUUUUAAAAUGAGUUUAAGACCUAAUUAUGUCUUGAACGCAAAAAUUAUAACACUCAUUUACAAAAUUUGAAGUUUGAUCAGAUAGUGACUAUGAGGGUUCGGUUCCUCAAAGAUUUUUUGAGCGAGUUCAAAGAGAAUUCCAGAAGGCUAGGCUGACUCUUUUUCAGAACAAACAUAUUGAAAACAUUUAGACUUGAAACGGUCCAGACUAUCAAAACAGGUGGGAAGAUACCUUCUCCAUACAACGCGUCUUGAUUCUCGGUUUCGCUCUUCAAGGCCGUCGCUUCCCUUUUCUUGACGAGAAGGAAAAAACGUCACAAAUUGCGGCUUUGACGUCACAAACGGACAGUUUGAGAAUGAAAAACAGAACGCCCACUUGUUACAAUGGCAAAGCCUCGUCAGUUCUUGUUACCCAUUUGUCCUGAACUCUCAUCGAGUUUUGUAACUGUUUUCCUAGGCUUCCAAAAAAAAAAAUCUGGCCUAGUUUUUUCGUGAGCAUUUUUUUGUUUCUAAAAUCAUUUCCAGUUACUCAAAACGAUUUUUGUUGUAGAGUCGAGAUGGUGCAGAUCUGGCAGAUGGAGCCGUACCCGUGUGGCGAUCCUCGUCUGCCUCACCACGUCUUCCCGCCCAAGAUGAUCACUCCAGACGAACUCAGCAAACGCACCGGAACCCUCUAUUGGAAGGUAACCCGUUUUCAAUGGAAAAAAGCUUCUCAGGGUAUCUUUCAUGCAAGAACGCAUGUACGAUGGAGAAAAAAAACUGUAAGAAAAAAUGCUGAUGACAAGGAUUCAGGCCUUCUCUGAGUUUUGCUCUUAACUUUCAAAAAACCAAAGGCGUGGUCAAUUUUGGACUUGAACUAGCUACCUUGCGCCUGCAAAGGAAUUUUUUUUCUCAGAUUCGGUAGCUCCAAGCAAAGUUUCUUUUUUUUUUAACAACUGAACUAUGUUUUCCUUUAGUGGGCAUCUACAUCUAAAAGAAAGAAAAGCUGUUACUUCGACGCCAUCGCGCGUUCUCGUGUCCAAUAGAAAAAAAAGAAAAGAAAACUCUAAUUGCCUUGAUAAAACUGAGAAACCAGUUAAUGGGGAUGGCAUGCGAAAAAUCGUGACGGUUGCGAGAAAAAAAGAUCGAAAAUAAUGGAAAAAUUGACCAGUGAUUCGAUGAUAAAACUUUCUAAGUGUUUUUAAGUUUUGAGGAUUUUUACAGGGGCUGACAUCUAGGUUCAGGUUUAAAAAAUUCCUCACUUCUUAGACUUUCUUGAUGUCUUUAGUCCAUGAAAGAUCGAUAAUUUCAUAUCAAUAUUAAAGACUUACGGCUGACCACUCCAGGAACUAAUUCCCAGCAGGAAACGAAACAUUUUGCGACAAAAAGAUGAAAGGUUUUUCAAAAGAUCGAAAGCAACAUAUGAGGCUUUUUCGACAAAAUUAGCCUUUCGACAAAAGUUCGUUUAUUACGAGAAAUUUCAUUCUUCUCCACACUAAGUUGGUACAAUCCAAAGGUCCGAGUUGAAUGAAAUUUGACACCAAAUUUUAUUUAUUUUUAUUUUUCAAAUUCCAGCUGGACACACUGGAUCAAAUCGCUCUCGCAAAAAGAUUGACGACUUUGAAGCUGGAGAGAAAUUUCAAGCGAGAAGAUAUCUUCACCCUCGACGCCGAAACAACCGCUAACUUUGACGACAAGGUUGGAUUGAACGAAAAGCGAGAAUAAUGUUGGGAUUCAGCUCGAGGAGCUCUUCGAAGAAUCGAGUACUCCAGUGGAACAGGCCAGGAUGAUCAUCGAAGGCUGCGCCUAUUACGACGUCGAGGACAAGGUGAAAACCUUUUUCGCGUUCUGUAUUUCUCGACUUUUUGAUUUUAGAACGGCGACUGGGUACGUAUCUUCUGCGAGUACGGAGACCUCAUUCUGAUCCCAGCACACACCAAUUUCCGCUUCACGACAACUCCCAGGGUAAAACUUGACUUCUACGAAUACUGAAACAGGCAUUUUCAUAUCAAAAUAGCGAUAUUUACCUCUUGAUAGAAUUUAUAUUAAAUAUUUCUUUUUUUGCAGAACUUUGUGAAGAUGCGUCGUUUCUACAAAGAUGAGACCAAUUGA